CCCCUGGGAGGAGGGUCCUCUCAGAAUAUACCAUUCUGACAGCACUCUGUGAUUGGUUUGCUUUUUGCAUUUAUUGUAUGCCAAUCCCCGUUGCCUGCCUUUUGUCUCAUCCUUUGAGCCAAGUCAAAGCAUUGAAUUCUGGUGCUUGGUCAAUUGUUUGCAGGUUUUCUGCUUGAAGACAAGUUGGGGAUAGAGUCACUGUUGUUGAGGCCUUGUUCUGCAGACAGUACAGCGGAGUGAUAGUUGUCUGUGUAAGGGAGAUGCCGGAAGGCCCUUCAGUGAGAGUGUUUCAUUCUGUGACCUCCCCUUUCGUUGGCAAAGUUGUGCAGAGAGCCUCGGGGAGCACCAGACAGGUGUGUCUGCAACAAUUUGUGGGUCUCAGACUGCAGCACAGUGAAGUCCAUGGCAAAAAUCUCUUCCUGGGCUUUGCUUCUGUUGGCCAUAGACUGGAAUCCAAUUGUCCAAAACUAGGGAUUGCACAUGCCCAGAAGAUGCCUGAUCCAGCCUGGGUACCAGCACAGGGCUCCGCCAGCAAGCAACAAGUGAUAGAGGGGGGCACCAUGAGAAAAGAGCAGGAGGAGACUUGGGAAAGCAGUGCCCUGUCCUUGGGGCAAGACCAGUUGAACCAUCAGCAUGAAAUGCAAUGGCUGCGAUUUCACUUUGGGAUGUUUGGAAGUGUUCGGGCCAAUGAGUUUUCACGGGCAAAAGGUGCCAAUAAGAAGGGAGACUGGCAGGAUCCAUCACCAAGGUUGGUGCUCUAUUUCCCCGGAGAGCAGUUUCUUGUGUUCUAUAACUGCCGGAUCUGUCUCUGCAGCAGCCCUUCCUCUGGACAUACCUCUGACAUCCUGCACCCGAAGUUCGACAGGAAUGUGGCACUACAGGCACUGAAACAAGCUCAGCCUGUCUGCUACACCCUGCUCAACCAACAGCUGUUCUCUGGCCUUGGGAAUAUCAUUAAGAAUGAGGUGCUGUAUCUGUCUGCAAUCCACCCCAUGUCUCUGGGCUGCCUGCUCCGUGUUGAGCAACGACAGACGCUGCUGGACAAGGUGAUUGAGUUCAGCCAUGAAUGGCUGGACAAAAAGGUGAAAGGCAAAGGCUUAAAGUACCAUGUCUAUCAGAGAGAGCAGUGCCCUCAGGGUCAUACUGUGGAAAGGGCAGACCUGGGACCACCUCAUUGUCUUCAGCGACCGACUUGGUGGUGCCCUGUGUGCCAACCUGCUGUCCAAUGAGUUGAUGCACUGUCAGACAGUAUUGUUUGUUCACUGGGUCCCAGAGCAUUAGUGACCCUUGGCUAGAUGGCUGGGUCGCUUAGAGGAUCACAUCUGUAUUUUGUUUGUUGUUAUUGUU